AGCCACACAGGGCCUUCAAAUAGGAAGAGCGAAGUUAUGUUUAAAGGAAAACAGAUGUGUUCUUAUGACUUGCAAAAGACGAUUUGAGCCAAGAGCUGAGGAGGACAGAUCCACGUGUUGUUGGGACGGCCCUUUUGUUUAACUCCCAGAGAAACUGGGAGGGGCAACAUGUGGAUAGUGGACAACAGCCUCAAGACAAACAGCACACCAGCAUUUUUCUGUGCAGUUAGAAUCAGCCCAAGAACCUAAAGCACAAUCUGGAACAAAAAAAAGAGAAACCAUGGAAUCAUUAACAGAAGAAGCUAUGAAGAGUUAUCUUAUGAAUAAGGUGGGUCCAAGACAACGUCUACUCUCCAAGAUUGUGGAAGAGGUGCAGGAGAUCAUCCAUAAGUUGACCAAAGAAAUCAGCUACAGAGACAUUAGAUUCCAACCCAUUUCUAAAUCAGGCUAUCACAAUGAAAACAUAAAGGUUUUGGCACCCGCCCAGUUUGUCAUCACAGUCCCAAUAAAAGGACUACUUGGCUAUAAAAAGAGCCAGAGCCGAAGAUGGAGGUAUUAUUCCAUGAGUGGCUCUAAGCUCUUCUCUCCUAUUCGGGAUCCUGAAAAAAUGUACCAGUGGCUGGAGAUAAAUCAGUUUUUGAAGACUCUGCAGCAGUGGCAUGAAAAUGAUGUGACAAUGGAUGGAGACAUCAUGCCAGCUAAGGUCAUUGAAGUAUUCCUGAAGCUGGUGGAAGACUCAGUUAAGGCGUGCAACCUCUCUAAUGAAGUCAGCAUAUUAGAAAAUUUUGGCUCUCUUAUUCGAUUGAUUGUGGAGACAUCAGAAUUUCAGGUGGAGAUAGAGCUGAUUCCAAUAAUAGAGGUCCUCAACCGUUGGAGCGACAAAGCUAAGUGGCCUCGAUGUUUCUCACGCUGGCCUUCUCGGGAGAAAAUACAAUGUGUUAAGUCAUUGGGGUUUAACCUGAUGGCUCGCUCUAGUUACCACUGGCAAUUGGGCUUCGACCGAGCUGAGUAUAUGCUCAUGGAGGGGAUAGAUGAUGAUGGUGGUUGCCGAAAGAUAUGUUACCAGGUCCUGAGACAGAUGAAAGAGGAUGUUUGGUGUCCCGGAAACAAACCUGUCAUCACAUCCCAGCAUCUGCAGACUAUACUGUUUUGGACUUGUGAAAAGUACCCACAUUCCAAAGACUGGCGUGUCUUCCGAAAAGCCUUCUUGCGUCUGGUCCGUAAGCUAUACAAGUGUGUGAACCAGCACUUCCUGAAACAUUUUUUCAUCAAGGAGACCAACAUGUUUCAGUAUUCCAGCAAAAAUGAGUUGGAUGCUGUGGCCCAAAAGCUCAUCCUUUUCCUAAAGAACCCAGUGCUCCAACAAGACUGAGAGCCGGAAAUGGUCUCCAAGGCUUCCAGGGGCAUCCCCCUUGAUCUUGCCUGACUUCUCCUUUGAUGACCACCAUGCUAGUGGAAUUUGGGACUCUGACCACCUGCCAUAGUUCUGACAAGACAAAGGAGACAUGAACCAAGAGCAUUUCAAACUAUGUCCUACAAUGCCCCACCCAUACCCUAUGUGGUUGGGGUUAAUUAUUUCAAUUCCGAACUACCUCGCUUGGGAGCUGAGCUUGUCCAAGCUACAGAUUGUGAACUGUUGAUAGUUUCAUGUUUAUUUGCCUGUGAUCAGACUCCUUACCAUCUUAUUAGAGAAGACAGAGGAGACCGGAGCUCCUAGUAUGGAAAUGAUCACGAUGAUCUGGUGUACUCCCACAUAACUGACCAGAGAUAUACCAAUUUUUUUUCCCAUUUGUAAAAUGAGAGUAUCAAUGCCUGCUUCACCAAGGUAUUGUGAGGCUACUGUGAUGCCCUUUCAGGUGUAAGGCACUUGAUCAACACAAAGUGUUAUUAGGAGUGACAUCUGCAUCUAGGAUGGAGAGCUUACUUAUAUCAUUGAUUAAAAGAAUAGGUUUAAUAACUAACUGUGUUAGUAUUUCACUGGCUGUUCUCGUUACUCUCCUAAUUAUUCUGUUUCACAUGAGUCCCUUCUGGCUGGUUGAUUGGUUUGGCUGGUUGGUUUGGCUAGUUGAUGGCCUGAGGGUAAGUCAGUAGAAGAUCAGUGGGGUGGCUGGGUGUGGGCACUGGUUACUAUUACUCAAGGCCAUUGCCUCUGAUAUGAUACAUGGAUGACAUACCUUCUUAUUCAUGAACUGUGCACACAGACACCAUUGACUGCUAUCAAGACCAUCACCGUUCAGAGCUGACUUGAAGGGCUUGGUAUAAGGCAAAGAUCACUGACUUGAUUUGAAAGGUUGGGGUUCAAAUCACAUGUGAGACCUUGGGAAAGUCACUUAUCACAUGUGCAACUUUGGGAAACUCAUUUAACCUCCAUCAGCUUCAGGGUCUACAUCCAUAAACUGGGGAGUUUAGAGUAGAUGCUUCUCAAUGCCUUCCAGGUCUAGACCUAUGAUUCUAUGAUCUUAUGUACUUGUCACUCAGUAGCAAAUGUUUGUUGAUUGAUUGAAAACUUGGCUGAAGGCCAAA